AUGUCCUCGUCAAGGCUCGACCGACUCGUCACCUUGCUGGACAAGGGAAGUACACAGUUAAUCCGCAACACUGCUGCUGCGCAACUCGCCGACAUCCAGAAACAGAAUCCCGACAACCUCUUUGCCCUCCUCGGCAGAGUUCUCCCCUACCUGCAGUCCAAAUCAUGGGACACCCGCACCGCCGCUGCGAAGGCGAUCGGUGGCAUUGUUUCGAAUGUCCCCAAGUUUGAUCCCAAUGCAGAUGAUCCUGAACCCAAGUAUGAGUCUCUGAAGACCGAGCAUCCUCCGGUCAAGGUCGAAGAAAAGGCUCACGAAGCCGAUGACCUGCUCCAGUUGGCGACGCUAGACGUCAAAAUGAUCCUUCGUCAUGGCAAGAAACUGUUGGGCAGCGCUGGCAAGGAGUACGAGUACUCCAUGGCUGGAUUGACACCUGCUCAACGCCUCGCUCACCAAAAACAGAGCUUGUCUGCCCGCUUGGGCCUCGGAGGCGAGUACAUGGAGGAGGACCUCGUCACCGAAAACGACUUCGCGGCAAAUUCGCAACACAAGUUGGCUCAAACCCCUGGCCCAUCCAGAGUGGACACGAAAUUAGCAGGUCAACGAUCGAGCAGCUUGGGCGCUCCUUCGCCAUAUAGUGCCAUGUCGCCCCUGGAGGAAAACGGCGAGCCUUUUCUCAAGGAGGCAGGUCUCAGCAGUCGCCGGAUCAAUCAAUUGAAGCGUAAAAAAAAAUCAGCGGCUAAAGCUGGCACCACCAAGAUGCGGGUUGUGGAUCUUUCCGGACGUCGUCCCUCAGAACCCGGUCACACCCCCGUCUCCGCGACUCCGCAUCCGGUCAAGCUGAACGGGCACGACGAAGCGAACGGUGACGCCAAGCAGGACUACUUCUCCAUCAAGCGAGAAGGCCCCGACGAUGACACUGCUCUCAUCUCGGAAUUCAAAGGUGAAGCCGUACCAGAGAAGCCCAUGAUCCAGCCUGAUGAGGAACAUGCCCACGAUUGGCCGUUUGAGGUCAUGUGCGACUUUCUCUCAAUUGAUCUUUUCGACCCGAAUUGGGAGGUGCGGCAUGGGGCAGCUAUGGGACUGAGAGAGGUCCUCCGAGUUCAUGGUCGUGGCGCUGGUCGUCGUUAUGGAAGCUCACGAGCCGAGAACGACUUAGCCAACCGACGUUGGCUUGAUGAUAUGGCAUGCCGUUUGCUAUGCGUCUUGAUGUUGGACCGCUUCGGAGACUAUGUAUCUGAUACCGUCAUUGCUCCCAUCCGUGAAUCAAUCGGUCAAACCCUUGGUGCUUUACUUACCCAGUUGCCCGACGAUGUUGCUAUUUCUGUCUACAAUUUUCUGCAACAGAUGAUAAAUCAAAGCGACACUGGCCUGAAACAGCCGAUCUGGGAGGUCUGCCAUGGGGGCAUGAUUGGCCUGCGGUAUUUCGUUGCAAUCCGGAAGGAUCUCCUUCUUCAGCAUAACGACCUCAUCGAUGGUGUCGUUUCGGCUGUGAUUCGCGGUCUAGGCCAUCCUGACGACGAUGUCAAGUCGGUGAGCGCGGCAACGUUGAUCCCCAUUGCUGGAGAGCUAACAACAAUGCGACCUCACUCUCUCGGCCAACUCAUCUGUGUCGUAUGGGAUUGUCUUCUUGACAUGCAGGAUGAUCUCAGUGCAAGUACCGGUGCGGUUAUGGACCUUUUAGCGACACUUUGCUCCUACGACGCUAUAUUGGAGGCCAUGCGCGCAAAUGCAGCCGAAGACUCUGAGCAGUCGUUCGAUAUGCUUGUCCCGCGACUCUAUCCUUUCCUUAGACACACCAUCACCAGUGUGCGACUGGCCGUCCUGAAAGCCCUGGCCACCUUUUUGAAUAUUUCAAAUGUGAGCAACAUGGAAUGGGUCGGGGGUCGUGUGAUCCGCCUGGUUUUUCAAAACAUGCUCUUUGAACGCAACGAGGGCGUUUUGCAAAUGUCCUUUGAAGUCUGGGAGGCCCUGGUUGGCUACAUGGAGCGCCAGGGGAUGGCUAACUUCACAUCCACUCUGGAGCCACAUAUCAGCCCCAUGCUGAAAGCUACAGUUCAGCCCGUUGGCCAAGCGCGGAAUCCCAUCCCGAUGAACGCGUCCCUUCUCAUCAAACCUUCCGGUGCGCCCAUGGCUACCGUCACAUCGCGGCAGGGAUCUGCUUCCGACGCAGACCAACAACCUAAGAAGCGUCGUAAGAUCGACAAGGCUGACUCAAAUCAGCAGCUGUCACACAACACCGAUGGACACAUGCUUCAUGGCGAAGUGGACUUGGUCGGGGCAGAUGUUAUCUUGAGGACCAGAAGUGCAUGUUCGCGAGCGCUGGGCCUUCUUUUGGGAAAGCAGAAUGAGCCCGCCCUCGUAUCUUACUGGGUAAACCUUCUCCCAGUGACCAAGUCCAAUCAUUCAAGCUCGCAGCUGUUUGCAGGCAUGAUUUUGGAAGAGGUUGCCAAGAACCAAUCCGUCAAACUGGCAGAUACAUCAUCAUUUGUUGCCCAACUUCAACGGGUUCUCGAUGACGAUGGCAACCAUUGGUACAGCGAUAUUGUCUCGUCCUUGCAAGCUGCUCGAGGUCAAUGCCAGUCCUUGAUCAGCGCGUUCCAAAACAACGCGCACGUGUCCCGCGACAAAUUGCCAGCCAUAGCUGUGGUUUGCCAGGGCGAAGAUGGUGCUGGACCAAAGGCCUUUUCGCUCGCGGAUGCUGAGAGGAUCGUCACCGCAGACUUCGAUCGCCUCCUGAAGGCGCUGACACCAGCGCAGAGAGUCUCGGGCACACAGUACUUGAACGACGCCCGUACCAGCGCAAUGACCGCGGUCGAAGAAGCGAGAAAAGUCAAGGAAAAUCGCGCCAUGGCUAUCAAAGCCACAGUCGCAUCUGUUCUGGUUAGACUUGGCGAGGUCCCUAAGAGACCUGGUCAGUUGAUCAAAUGCGUUAUGGACAGCAUCAAGGGCGAGGAGUUUGCGGAGCUGCAGGCCCGAUCUGCCUCGGCUGUUGCUACGCUGAUUGAUUUCUACACCAAGAGUCCUAAGAGAGGUCCAGUGGACAAAUUGGUCUCUAACCUCGUGAAGUUCACCUGUGUGGACACCGCGGAGACUCCCGAGUUUGGCCCUAACUCCAGCUUCGAAAGCAUCGUUUUGUCGUUGCGGAAAGAAGAGGAUAGAAAAGAUCAUCCGGAUGCUGCAAAGUUUGAGCAAGAGGCCAAAGAAGCCCGCAUCAUGAGACGAGGAGCGAGGCGUGCCCUAGAUGAACUGGCGGAGUCUUACGGCGGUGCGCUUCUUGAAAAACUCCCUAUCCUCAAAGCAUUGAUUGAGAACCCUAUCCACGACCUGGUCGAGCCAGCAGAUCCAGCAUGUUUCCAGGUCGAUGAAGAGCAGGGCCAGUCAUUGAUUGAUGCCUUGUCCAUAUUGCGGACGCUCUCGCCCACCUUACACCCCGCGUUACACCCAUGGAUCUUGUCGUUGAGCUCACUGAUCGGCAAGGCUAUGCGAAGCAGGCUGUCUGUUGUGAGGUACAGCGCCGCCAAAUGCUUUGCCACCAUCUGCAGUGUUAUCCCUGUGAAGGGUAUGACGAUGUUAGUCCAGGAAAUACUGCCGAAUAUCGGCAAUCCCUUGGAUCUGAGAGAUCGACAGGGAAUCACAGAAUGCCUUUACCACCUCAUCACGGUAAUGGGGGAUCGAAUACUGCCCUAUGUGAUCUUCCUCAUCGUUCCGGUCCUUGGACGUAUGAGCGAUGCCAACCACGAUAUCCGUCUCCUUGCAACAACGUCAUUUGCGACGUUGGUCAAGCUCGUGCCACUAGAGGCCGGUAUUCCUGAUCCCCCAGGUAUGCCAGAGUCGUUGCUACAGGGGCGCGAAAGAGAGCGGAAGUUCAUGGCACAAAUGCUGGAUCCGAAGAAGGUGGAGCCGUUCCAGAUUCCAGUGGCCAUCAAAGCGGAGUUGCGAUCGUACCAACAAGAAGGCGUCAAUUGGUUAGCAUUCCUCAACAAGUACAAUCUUCACGGCGUCCUUUGCGACGAUAUGGGUCUGGGUAAGACACUCCAAACACUGUGUAUUGUCGCCAGUGACCAUCACAUGCGAGCCGAGGAAUACGCCAAGACACAAGCACUUGACAUGCGGCGACUACCGUCGCUCAUCGUUUGCCCUCCCACUCUUUCAGGCCAUUGGCAGCAAGAGAUCAAGCAAUAUGCGCCAUUCUUGAGCUGCGUCGCCUACGUCGGAUCUCCUGGAGAAAGAAACAGCCGGCGUUCCCAACUAGAGCAAGCAGAUGUGGUGAUCACCUCAUACGAUGUUUGCCGAAACGAUAACGACGUGUUGGCACGCAUCACCUGGAAUUACUGCGUCCUCGAUGAAGGCCAUUUGAUCAAGAACCCCAAGGCCAAGAUCACGCAGGCCGUGAAGAAACUUAUCAGCAACCAUAGGCUCAUCCUAUCUGGCACUCCGAUCCAAAACAAUGUCCUUGAACUGUGGUCCCUCUUCGAUUUUCUUAUGCCCGGCUUUCUGGGCACGGAGAAGGUAUUCCAGGAUCGAUUUGCCAAACCUAUUGCGGCGAGCCGCAACGCCAAGUCGUCGUCCAAGGAGCAAGAAGCAGGUGCGUUGGCCAUUGAGGCCCUUCACAAACAGGUGUUACCGUUCUUACUACGGCGACUGAAAGAAGAAGUCUUGAAUGAUCUCCCGCCCAAGAUCUUGCAAAACUACUAUUGCGACCUUAGCGACCUACAGAAGCGGCUAUUCGAAGAUUUCUUCAAGAAGGAGCGCAAGACUGUGGAAAGCAGCGUUGGUUCGGCAGACAAGGAAGCCAAGCAGCACAUUUUCCAGGCGUUACAAUACAUGCGAAAACUAUGCAAUUCGCCGGCGAUGGUGGUCAAGGAGGGCACCAAGCAAUAUGAAUCCAUCUCGAAGCAGCUUGCGGCGUCCAAGUCGAGUUUGCGCGAUGUAGCCCACGCGCCUAAACUGACUGCACUGCGGGAUCUGCUAGUUGACUGUGGGAUAGGAGUGGCGAACGAUUCCAACGACAUAUCAGCCUCCACCUACGUGUCACAACAUCGCGCCUUGAUCUUUUGCCAAAUGAAAGAGAUGCUGGACAUGGUCCAAACGGAGGUGCUUGGAAAGCUGCUGCCGAGUGUGCAGUUCCUUCGACUGGAUGGUAGCGUCGAAGCUACCAAGCGGCAAAACAUUGUGAACCAAUUCAACAAUGACCCUAGCUACGACUGCCUAUUGUUGACUACUAGUGUUGGCGGCCUUGGGCUGAACCUGACGGGCGCUGACACGGUCAUUUUCGUGGAACAUGACUGGAAUCCUCAGAAGGACAUUCAAGCAAUGGAUCGAGCCCAUCGAAUUGGACAAAAGAAGGUCGUCAAUGUGUAUCGGUUGAUCACCCGCGGGACGUUGGAGGAGAAAAUCAUGAGUCUGCAGCGGUUCAAGAUCGAUGUAGCCUCCACCGUGGUCAAUCAACAGAACGCUGGGCUGGGAAGUAUGGAGACUGAUCAGAUCCUCGACCUGUUUAACCUUGGUGAGAGCUCGGACAUUGGCGGGGAAAGUGGCGGAGCCGGUAAGGAAGAGGACAUGGUAGAUCUCGAGACCGGGGAGGUGAAGAAAAAAGGAGAGAAAGGCUGGCUCGACGAUGUGGGCGAGCUGUGGGAUGAACGGCAAUACGAAGAAGAGUUCAAUCUGGACUCGUUCGUGCAGAAUCUGCAGAAAUAG